AUGGCUGCCCUUCUAUGGCUGCUGCUGCCCUUAGCCUUCUCAAUUAUCGCCGCCGCGCCGCCGAACUCCGGCAUCGCCUCGACGCCGAAAAGCAUAUUCCUGCUGGCGGGGCAGAGCAACAUGGCCGGCCGGGGCGGCCUCCUGUUCGGCAAAUGGGACGGUUACAUCCCGCCGGAGUGCGCGCCGAAUCCGCAGAUCCGACGGCUCGGCGCCAGCCUGAAAUGGGAAGAGGCCCACGAGCCUCUCCACAUCGACAUCGACGUCGAAAGAGUGUGCGGGAUCGGGCCUGGGAUGCCGUUUGCUAACUCGGUCCUGCGGCGGGACGAGGAGAUCGGGGUGAUCGGGUUGGUGCCGUGCGCGGUCGGAGGGUCGAACAUCAGCCAGUGGAGUCGGGGGAACCCGCUUUACAAUCAGCUGAUCGCGCGCGCUCGCGCCGCCUUGCACGGAGGAGGCGGCGAAAUUAAGGCCAUGCUUUGGUACCAAGGGGAAGCCGAUACCGUGUCGCUUACCGACGCUACCAGGUACAUGACGAUGGUCGAGAAGUUCUUUGCCAACGUGAGGACGGAUUUGAAGAUGCCGAUGCUUCCGAUUUUUCAGGUCGCGCUGGCAUCGGGGAUGAAUUCGACUGGCCUCAAUCUCAUAAGAAAAGCUCAACUAGCCGUAAACCUACCAAAUGUAGUAACCGUUGACGCCAGGGGGCUUCCCCUCCAAACCGACGGGCUACAUCUUCAUAGAGACGGCGAUCUCCGGCUAGGCCAAAUGCUGGCUGAUGCCUAUCUCCACUUCAUCGGUCUUCCGAUCCCCGGCAGGAUGGCCGUCGAAUUUGAUACAAUAGCUAUGGCUCCGGCUUCGGCUUCAGCUUCGGCUCCAGCUGCGCCGAUCACACUCUUGGCGGCUACGACCGACUCGACGCCGCCGGCGUGCAAUAACCAGCAGAGAUAUAUUCCACAAUUUCUACUUGAAUUGUUGUUGGGAAGGCUAAUGUGCAACCAAUAUUGA